AUGUUAACUGAGAGGAGACGCCAUCUUUAUCUUUGUCUGAUAUUAGUAUCAGGAUGCAGAGACCUGGACCAGGACCAGGACCAAGACCUGGACCUGGACCUGAAGUUGGAUCUGGACCUGGAUCUGGACCUGGACCCAGCUACCAAUCAGAAACUCCUACGAGGCCUGCUGACACAGACAGGAAGUAGCUCAGAGACCAAUCAGAAAACAGUCCAGUACAUCAAGAAGAAGAUUGAAGAGAGUCCCUCUGCAGAGAGGAGCAUCAACCUGUUCCACUGUCUGAAUGAACUGAAUGAUCGUUCUCUAGAGGAGCAGAUCCAACAGUCCCUGAGAUCAGGAAAAAUACUCUGCUUCAGAGGAGGCUCUCUGAGGCUGCUGCCAGUGGUCAAAGCCUCCAACAAAGCUCUACUGAGUGACUGUAACCUGUCAGAGAGAAGCUGUGCAGCUCUGUCCUCAGUCCUCAGCUCCCAGUCCUCUAGACUGAGAGAGCUGGACCUGAGUAACAACGACCUGCAGGAUUCAGGAGUGGAGCUGCUGUCUGCUGGAGUGGAGCUGCUGUCUGCUGGACUGGAGAGUCCUCACUGUGAACUGGAGACUCUCAGUCUCUCAGGCUGUCUGGUCUCAGAGGAAGGCUGUGCUUCUCUGGCUUCAGCUCUGAGCUCCAACCCCUCCCAUCUGAGAGAGCUGGACCUGAGCUACAAUCAUCCAGGAGACUCAGAAGAGAAGCUGCUGUCUGCUGGACUGGAGGAUCCACUCUGGAGACUGGAGACCCUCAGGAUGGACCAUGGUGGACUGCAGAGGUUGAGACCUGGUCUGAGUCUGAAGUGUGAGUGUGUUUUCAGUUUGCUUCAUCAGAGCUGCACAGGAGAUCCACAAAGUGAACACAGAACCAACUUGUGGGGAACCGGCAGGGCCCUGAGAUAUUCAAAACAUAUUUUCAAUAAUACUUUCUUUAGUUUGACCUAAAUUACUUGAUUUAAUUGUAUAUAUGUUUUUAAUCUGAAGAAAUAGACCCUUCAAAGCUGCCUAUUCAGUUUCUGUUGGAGUGUGAAGGGUUAAAUGAAGCCCCUCUGGAGUUACUGGGAAGAUAGGAGGUGAGGGGGGGGGGGUGUCCAGCUAUAGUGACUCAACAGAGAGUAAUCUCAAAUGACAGUACAAUGGACCAAUCAAGAUCUGCCUGCUGUCGAGCUAAGGGGUAAAGUAGCUUGUGAGUGUUCGGGCUCACACCUGGGUUCCCAAUGAUGGAAGGACCACUGGUACUUUGUUUCCGAACGGCCCGUUAACAACUUCUUGCUGGCUAGUCGCUCUCGUCCGGCGUGGGAGGUGGAGACAGUUCUCCCUCAGGACCCAGUCUCCUGCAACAGACCUCAGAACCAGGUUACGACCAUGACUUUAAUCAGUGCCUGAUUACCUGAUCCUGAUCAGAUGUCUGGCCUCCGGCUGAGCCACUCCUACCACUCCAGCAGCCAGCGCCCUCACCACACCCCGCUGCCACAUAGCUACAGUAGUUAGCAGAGGUGGGACCAAGUCACUGUUUGGCAAGUCACAAGUCAGUCCCAAGUCUUAGCAGUCAAGUCCAAGUCAAGUCCCAAGUAAAGACAGAGAAGGGCAAGUCGAGUCCAAGUCCGAGUCCCGAUCUUUUUCAAGUCCUGAACAAGUCAUCAUGUACUCUUCACUUCAUAUUGCAAUUAUUAGACUAUGGAUUUGAACAUAUCAGUCUAAUCUGCAGUCUCCUUUUAUACAGAUUGAAAUAUGUUCAGUGUUUCUGUACUGAAAUCUUUACGAUAUACACAUGCGCUCUAAGACCUUCAAAGUAUCUCAGAGAAGAAGGGAGAGUGAAUAUUGGGUUUGAAUUGUAUUAGCACGGAAGGCACCAAAGUGACCAUAAAGUUAGUAAAGCGCCUCGACCAGUGAGGCAUAUGAGCUGAGUGGAUGUCUGAAAGCAGUGCUUGAGGAUGUUACAGUACGCACACAAUGUCCUUUAACUACAGAGAGACUUCACAUUUCAGUAAACACUGUUUAAUCUGCAUUACAGAACUAAAUUACAAAAACUGCAGAGAAAAAUAGGGGCAGUUAUUUUACGGUUCACAUCGGGAAAAUGAAAAGUGAACCAUUUUUUUUCUCAGGUGUUCCCUCCAAAAUGUAAGUGUGUGUGAGAGAGAGAGAGAG